AUUCGCUUCCGGGUGAGAGGUGCCUGGUCGCCACAGCAACCGAGUCGCACUGGGUGCUGAGCUAGCGUUUGGUUUCCUGCAGGCCGCCGAGCUGGCGGCCCAAGGGGAAUCGCAGAGUCAAGAAAAUCUUUCCAACACGUCUAUGUCAACUACAGAAGUGUAUAAGAUAAACUUUAUAUUUCCAAAUGGAGACAAAUAUGAUGGUGACUGUACAAGAACAUCUUCUGGAAUCUUUGAGAGAAAUGGAAUAGGUAUUCAUACCACUCCUAAUGGGAUUGUCUACACAGGAAGCUGGAAAGAUGACAAGAUGAAUGGUUUUGGAAGACUUGAGCAUUUUUCAGGAGCAGUAUAUGAAGGACACUUUAAGGACAAUAUGUUUCAUGGAUUGGGGACUUAUACAUUCCCAACUGGAGCAAAGUACACUGGAAAUUUCAAUGAAAAUAGGGUGGAAGGUGAAGGACAGUAUACUGACAUCCAAGGACUGGAAUGGUGUGGUAACUUUCAUUUCACAGCUGCUCCGGGCCUGAGACUAAAGCUCCAUAUGUAGAUAUUCUGCAUUCAAGUUUUAAUGUGGUAAUUGAAGCUUUCGGUUGUAAGGAAAACAAUUAAAUCUGUCAUCUGAAAUAACUUCAUACACUACUUCUAUAUUAUAAUUUUGGCAAUAAAACCAUCACUCAU